ACCGAGGGAACGGGAGGAGAGACGCGACUUCCGCCCGUCGGGCGUGUUUUUUCCUGGAAUGAUUCCUCCACCCCCACCCCCACGCGCCGCCGUUCUUUCCCGCUGCCUCUAUGGUUCGGAGGACCGUCCGUCGGUGUUUGUGCUGGGGGAGCGGCGCGUGUGCCUGACUUGCUGAGACGGGGCUGCGGCUUUUAAGGGAGGCUGCGGUGGGGACGGGGAAGGCCUCUAGCGGGUGGAAACCGACGAGGCGGAGGCGGCGGACCGAGAGUUGCCCGGUGGUUUGUUUGUGUGGCAUGGUAUGCUGUGGUCAUGUCUCAAAAGGAUAAUGAACCCUUGAAUGAAGAUGCUUGUGAACUAGAGGGAAAUGUUCAGAAAACAGAGGAGGCAGAACCCACUGAGACUAAUGGAGAGGAAGCUGAGCUUGUGGCUAUGACACGGAAAAGGCCUGAAGCGAAAAUCUGUGAGCCCAGUAUUGCACAACAGCCACUGGGUCAGAAUGUACAGAGUUCCAGUUCCAUGGAAGAGUCACAAACAGGAUGGGGUUACUGGGGGAGCUGGGGGAAAUCAUUGCUCUCGACUGCUUCUGCUACAGUGGCUACCGUAGGACACGGAAUCUCAAAUGUCAUUGAAAAAGCAGAGACAUCCCUUGGGAUCCCCAGCCCUACUGAAUUAUCUUCUGAGGAUAAAGAUGUUGGGGAAGAAAUCCAAAACUCUGAAGAAGGCAAUGAUGGCAAAGAAGAGACUGAAAAUCCCUCGCCUAUUACUGGUGCAUUUGGAAUGUUUUCUACCAUCUCAGCUGCUGUUCAGAGCACAGGGAAGACUGUUAUUAGUGGAAGUUUGGAUGCAUUAGAAUUCAUUGGUAAGAAGACCAUGGAUGUGAUAGCUGAAGGUGACCCUGGUUUUAAGAAAACAAAAGGCCUGAUGAUCAGAAAUUCCACACUUUCUCAGAUCUUGCGAGAGGCAAAGGAGAGAGAAGAACAGCGGACAGCUACUGAGGUUUCCAUGGCUACAGAGAAGAAAGCCCAUUAUGGGCUACUCUUUGAUGAGUUUCAGGGUCUUUCUCAUUUGGAAGCUUUAGAGAUGCUUUCCAGAGAGAGUGAAUCAAAGGUGAAGUCGGUGAUAAGCGCCCUCUCCGGAGAUGAGUUAGAUACUUUGAAGGCCGAAUUGGAACAGCUCAAAGAAGCGUUUUCGUUAGCUGAAUUUUAUGAUGAUGAAGAGGAAGAAAAGAAGGAGGAGGAAGACUUCACAAAGGAAGUAGAAGAUCUCUUUUCACAAUUACGAGUCUCUACAACGCCAGCCAAAUUAACCCAAGCAAGGAACUCCGCUCAUGAAUUGACGAAAAGCCUCAGCGUGCAAGCUGCAAAACAAGAAACGCCGAAUGAAGGAGACCAGCAAGUGGGCUCCGGGGAUGCUGAGCAAGAGGAUAAAAAAUCAGUAGAGGAAGUUCACGCAUGUGCGAUCAGGAGCCUGGCUGAAUUGACAGCUUAUUCUAUCGAAGCAUUCCACAAAACUGCAGCUCUGGUUCUUCACGGGCAGGAGCAAGAGGUGUUAGCCCUAGAUCGGGCCAAAGCCCUUUCACAAAUGACCAUUGUGUUGUGCAAAGAACUAUCGGCUGUAUCUAAAGGCUUUGUGAUGUGCUUAACAGCUGCUGGGGUGGAAGAGAAGGCAGAUGUCCUUAACCCUUUAAUCACUGGGGUCUUUUUGGAGGCUUCAAACAGCGCCUCUUACAUCCAAGAUGCCUUCCAGCUACUCCUGCCUGUUCUACAGAUUUCUCACAUCAAGGCUCGAACAGAGUUAACACAGCAAUAAAUCAAAUCUCUGCACCUAGAGCAGCACCCCAGCCAGCAUAAACGCACCUCCCCGGUUCAGCAAAAUAAUAGGAGCUUGUAACAAAAGACAAACGUUUUGACUGUGUUUCACUGACCAGUAAUAACUUGCUCAAUGGCCAUCAUUUAUCUGCCUAGGCUAGCAAGGAGGAUAAAGUGCAGACAACGCUGCAAGUUCAAGGCUUUGUCACUGUGCUGGUUAAUGUUUUCCCCCCAGAGGUUCCUGGAGAAAGAAUCAUUAAGGUUGCAAUACUGUGCACAGUUACACAGGAGUAAGUUCCAUAAGACACAGUGUGACUUUGUUCCAAGUGAACAAACAUGAGGUUACACUACAAGUAUGUGUGUUUUAAAGAGAUUUCAUUAAAGGCCUGGAUCAGCCCCUUAUCUUCCUAGCCUUGUCUCUUUUAUUAAUGAAACCUUAAAGACCAAUUGGGAAUUCUAAAAAAAACCCCACUCUUCAAGUGACACUGUUUCUUUGAGCUUACUUGUUUGGCUAGAGCAAAACUUAGACCAGAUUUGGCCAAUAUACUUGGAACAUCUAGCUUUCCAGUGAUCGAUGAAAAGUAGCUCAAAGAGAACUAGCUAAUGAAAAGCUAAUAUAGGCUAAAUGUACAUAGUUGGUGGCAGUAUUUUGUUCCUCUUGGCCCUAUCUCAAGUGGCUGAAUGCUCUUGUGUUAUUGUAUUCAGGAGUGUGGGAUCCCUGCCUAGGUGCCCAGGCAAAGGUUUGGUGGUGAUUCAUAUGGACAGACCCCAAGACUUUCAGGACAGAAUUUCUUUUUUUAUAGAAUUACUACUUUGCAUUGUUUAUAUCCUGCACGGCUAUGGGAAAGUUCCCCCCUCCCCCUUUGUGCUUGCAAUCUAAGUUUGGGAGGAAUACCCUGAAUAUUUUUGUAUUAAACAACCAAGCAACUUGCUAUGAUUUGCCCCACUUAGAGAAUAAAACAAAUGCUUGACUAGUAUGGGAAAAGGCUUGGGUUGCAUCCAAUUAAGUUUUUCUCAUUGAAAUUAAUGAACGUAAGUUAACAUAUCUGUUAACUUUAAUGGGUCUACUCUGAGUAGAACUAGCAUUGGAUACAGGCCUUUGAAAUGGUAUCAUGGAGUUGUAGAGUUGGAAGGGUCAUCUAGUCCAACCCCCAACUUUUCUGUUAUUUUAAGAGUGCAUUUUUCACCAUCUUUAUCAGGAUUGGUCUGUUGCCAGGGUAGUGAAAAUGGUGCCCUCUAGAUGUUGUUGAGCGACUCCCUCCAGUCCCAGCCCGCAUGGUCAGGGAUGAUAGGAGUUGCAGCAGCCCAACCACAUCUGGAGGGCCCCAUGUUGCUUAUCCCUGGUUUGUUGUAAUACUUUUAGCAUCUUUUUCAGCCUUCAAACUGCUCUGAUUUCUAAAUCCUCUG